AAUAAAAAGAGAUAAAUAUAUAAAUUUUAGUAAGUCUGGACACAAUGCAUUGAGUUAAAUAUUCACAUGUAAAUUUCACGAUCAGUGAAAUUGCCUUGUCUUAUACAGAUAAGAUUCCGAAUAUUUCUAAUUAAAAUAACACUUAUUUACGCUCAUAAUAACGCUCUCAAAACUCUAUCUAAUCGAAAUUAUCUAAUCUUAGAAAUCUUUAUUGCAUGUAUAUAAUGAAGCGGCAUUUUUUCUUCAACAGUAGUUAAUCACUUACAAUGCACACACUCUUUGCUCUGUUGAUCGCUUGUUUGGCGGCAGUCAGUCAUGCCGUGGAUCCGCACAUUGUCGGUGGGACUGACGCUGAAGUCGGAGCACACCCUUAUAUGGUGUCUCUGAGAAAAAAAAACAGUCAUUUCUGUGGCGGAUCUAUUAUCACUAAACGUUACAUUCUCACUGCGGCUCAUUGUCUUAUGCAAUUUAACAAUCCCGAUGAUCUCAAAGACGUAACAGUGCACGCUGGCACGAACCUUUUGAGUGAAGCCGGUUAUGUUUACAAGCCUGAAGCAGCCAUUCUUCACCCUGAUUUUAAUCUGCUUUUAAUUCGCAAUGAUAUUGGCUUGCUCCGUCUAAAAACUGAUAUAGAAUUCAAUAAAUUGGUGCAACCAAUCCCGUUUGCAAAGGCGAAUUCCGUUCUGGUUGGCGAUCCUUGCUUCCUGACAGGAUGGGGAACACUAAAGUUCUUAGGCAAAGUACCUGAUAAGCUUCAAAAACUCAAUCUGAAAGUUUACUCGCAAAUAAAGUGCAAACUUACAUUUUUUAAUGUGGUGUCUAGUCACAUUUGCGCAUUUUCACAAUAUGGCCAAGGAGCAUGUCAUGGUGAUUCCGGUAGUGCACUCGUUUCUAAUGGUGUUCAAAUCGGCCUCGCCUCAUUCGUUAACCCAUGCGCUGUCGGAUCUCCGGAUGUGUAUACCAGAGUAUCCUCUUUCACGAAUUGGCUCGCUCAGUAUAUUAGUACAGAAUAAUGAAAUAUAACAAAAUUAAGUUAUUUUAUUACUACUGGAAUUAAUUAUUUUCCGUUUUAAGA